AUGGCCGACAGCGAAUUUGAAGAAUUUCGCCGUGUAUUUGACAAAUUACCUCAGCACAUCAAAGCCCCGACACCGUUCUAUUCACUAGUGCCAAAUGUCGGUUUGGAAGAUGACUCUCCGUCAUCGAAGAGUGAGGAGAGUCCGGAAGAAGAUAGAGUGUGUGUUGGAGACGCAGAGGGGAUAAAGGGAACAGAUGGAUCUCCCGUCGCUCAGGACACAACAGACGCACAACGUAGCCCUCGCCAUCAAACGUUUACAAGUGGAGAGCGUAGAAGAAGAAAACUACCAGAGAUACCGAAGAAUAGAAAACCCAAUGUGGUGGGUGGAAGUCAGCCGGCGUCCCUCGCUGAUGAACUAGGAGCAUUAACUGGUCUUCUUGUGCGGCCAGGGUGCCAGGGGCGACCUUUACUAGUGCUUAAGUGCGGCUACCUUUUGGACGAAGACUCCAGCCCUGACUCCGAACGACUGCAAAGCCUUGGCGAUGUGGAUAGCGGGCAUAGCACUGCGCAUUCGCCCAUUGACACCGGGCCUAAGAGCUUAUCGCCGACGCCGUUACAACAGAACGUGUCACCGUCGUCGAGUUGCAGUAUUAGUGGUAUCAAUUUCGCUGGUAACGUUACCACAGUACCACAUAGUCAAUUGGAAAUGCUAGAGGCAACCCAUAGAGGUUUACACAAGUUCAAUCCUAGGCACCAUGACGAAAUAGAAGUAGAGAUUGGGGACCCUAUUUAUGUCCAGAAGGAGGCCGAUGACUUGUGGUGUGAAGGAGUAAAUUUAAGGACAGGGCAGCAGGGAAUUUUCCCAUCGGCUUACGCUGUUGAUAUGGACUAUAGUGAUUUUGACCCAGCCAACGCGAAAGCAAAGCGCGAAAGAUAUCUACUGGGUUACAUGGGUUCAGUAGAAACUCUUGCGCAUAAGGGCACCGGCGUUGUAUGCCAAGCCGUUAAAAAGAUUGUAGGCGACUCAAAUGGAGAUAUUGGCUCACAGCCUUGUAUUUUGGAAGUGUCUGAUCAAGGUCUUCGUAUGGUGGAUCGAUCUAAGCCAGAUCGAAAUCGCAACGCACCCUGUAUCGAUUAUUUCUAUUCACUGAAGAACGUCUCCUUCUGCGCCUUCCACCCCCGGGACCAUCGGUACCUCGGCUUUAUAACAAAGCACCCAACGCUCCAGAGGUUCGCAUGUCACGUGUUCCGUGGCCAAGAGUCUACAAGACCAGUUGCUGAAGCUGUGGGGCGAGCAUUCCAGAGGUUUUACCAGAAGUUCAUAGAAACAGCUUAUCCCAUUGAGGACAUUUAUAUAGAGUGA